AUGUUAGUAAUCAACGUGUCGUAUCUACUCAUAGCCACGGGGGUAGUGUACUUGGGGUUGAUAGUAGUAGGCGGUGGGUCGGAGUCGCGGACGGAGUGGGACACGGGGAACAUCGACGCGGUGGAUCAGGACAUGUUUCGGCGAGCCAUGGAGCAGCCCACGCAGACGGAUCUCGCCGCCGUGCAGCCCAAGAUCGCGUUCCUCUUUCUCGUCCGAGGGCCGCUUCCGCUCGAGCGAGUCUGGCAACGAUUCUUCCAGGGCCACGAGGGGCGCUACUCGAUCUACAUCCACGCGUCCACCGCCGACUUCGAGUGCGACAAGCACGUCAACGCCUCCGUCUUCCGUGGCCGCCAAAUACCCAGCGUUCCUAUCACGUGGGGCGGCCCCAACCUCAUCCGCGCGGAGCGCCGGCUGCUCGCCGCGGCGCUGGCGGAUCCCGCCAACCAGCGCUUCGUGCUGCUGUCGGAGUCCUGUCUGCCGCUGUUCAACUUCACGCACGUCUUCGACUACCUCAUGGCCUCCGACAAGAGCUUCGUUACAAGCCAUGCGAGCGUGUGGCGGUACCGCAAGGAGAUGGCGCCCGUCAUCAAGGGCCAGGACUUCAAAAAGGGAUCGCAGUGGUUUGCGUUGACGCGCCCGCAUGCAGCCAAGGUGGUGGAGGACAGCAAGUUCUACGAGACCUUCGUCAAGACCAAUGCUGAGAUUCCCGACGAGAGCUACAUUCAAACCAUCCUCGCUGUAAGCACCUGA